GGUAUUUCCGGAAGCAGAGAGAGAGCGGGAGCGCGCAUGGGUUAUUUUUGAACAUGGCUCAAUCAAACUCACUAAAAGCGAGUGUUCCGGCGUAUUUAAAAGAGGCACAGCUGAUUAAACAAGGCGCAGAGGCCCGUGUCUAUCGAGCUACGUUUUUGGGGCGGCCCGUGGUUAUUAAAGAGAGAUUCACAAAAUUAUAUCGUCAUCCUGAAGUCGAUGAGAAACUGACGCGCCGCAGAACCACGCAGGAGGUGCGAUCCAUACUGCGCUGCAGGAGAGCAGGUAUCAACGCGCCGGUUGUGUAUUUUGUUGACUACACCACUCACUGCAUUUUCCUGGAGGAUAUUGUCCACUCCGUGUCAGUGCGAGACCACAUUGCAUCAGAGCAAACCCCACAGCACCUCCAGGCUCUAGCGGUCAAGAUCGGCGAAGUCCUGGCUCAGAUGCACGAUGAAGACGUCAUCCACGGGGAUCUCACCACCUCCAACAUGCUUCUGAUCCCCGGAGCCGAACACCAACAUGUUCACCUGGUUCUGAUCGACUUCGGCUUGAGUUACAUUUCUGCUCUCCCGGAAGAUAAAGGAGUUGACCUGUAUGUGUUGGAGAAAGCUUUUCUCAGCACUCACCCCAAAACAGAGACUUUGUUUGAGAAACUCCUGAAAAGUUACUCGGCUUCGUCCAAAAAGUCCUCUGCGGUCAUCAAGAAGCUGGACGAGGUUCGGUUGAGAGGACGGAAGAGGUCUAUGGUCGGAUAAAAUAUAUUUUGGUGCCACACAAGUUUUAUUUUUACAAGCUUUUGCUGUAGGAAAUGAAAAGUUCAUAUAAAUGUAAAGAUGACCACAACAAACUGAUUCAUAAAUAGACCCUUACAUGAAGAGACCUACAUUUACACAUGGAAAGCCUUU